AUCUCAAUUUUGCUUUUAAUAAUAGCAAAUUUAGUAAUGGCAGUUCCUGUGCAAAGGGGCAAUAACUUGAGAAAAUACUGGAGAACGGCCCGAUCAGACCCUUACCCAAAACCAUUGAGAGCACUGCAUAAUCCAAAUCUAUUUAGUGGUGACAUUUUCCAUCAUAGACGAUUUCAAGCAAAACAGAAAUGCCGUUCCCUACAGUUCCUGGCUAUGGCCUAA